UCAGUUGGACUUUUGCGACGAAGCGAUACGCUUGUUUGUUUUGCCGUUCCGCUGCGCGUUGGCCAAUGUUUGCCUAACUCUCGAAUCGAAUUCCGAAACCGAGUGUGGACGCGUAAGUGCCAUUGAAUUAUUCCGUCUGACGCUCGAGCGCCAUCGAAUCGGAUGCGGCGUGGAAUGUGGUGGAGUCAAUGGGGGGAUCAGAUGCAAAUUUGAUUGGGCAAAUGGGUGGAACCAAUCAAUUGUGUGUAUACAAUAAAACGAGGUGUUUGUGUGUGCCCAACCAAACACAGCCAAAUGCGGAACAUUAUCAGUUUACCCACGGCUGUCGCAAUCUCCGCGUCCGUUUACCGUCCACUGACCUACGAUCCACCUGCCCCCGUGGACGCAACAAGUGUCCGAAUAUUUAUAGUCUAUGGGCUCUAUGCAUUAAUUACUCGCAUAUGUCAAAAACGCUGAGCUGUUAUUACAAUUAGUGCUUCAUUAUUUAGCCCGAUUUCCCCAAGUGGCGCGUUUCGCUAAGCGUUAUUAUUUUUACCUUCCGCUAAACACUUGGCGCCGAUUCGAUUCCCUCCUUACCCUCGAAACCAGUGAUACUCCAUCGUGCGACUGAGCAUUAUCUGACGGCUAAUUUUCCCCCGAUAAGCCGGAAUAUAAAUUGAAGUGCUCUUUAUUUAUGUCCGCGAUACAACGGCGAAAUCGAGGCAAAAAAAGAAGGCCGGCCACGCCACAUUAAUCCGGCCAACCGAGUGCCCGGCCCAGUCUUUGCCAAUCACCGCAUGGGACCAGAGGAUAUCCGGACAAUCCACUGGCCACGUAAUCAAUCACUUUAUGGACUAAUAGCCGACAGCCCACAGAAACAUGCACAAGGCCAUUAAAAACAAAUCCAGGCUCCUCUGCGGACUCAAGAACUCCAAGGCGGAUCUAACGACAGCCAAGUUUAUACUAUAUUAUGGACCCACGGUGGCAGAUAGCGAUAUCUAUGACCUAACCGAUUUCCAGAGUCUUCUGGAGGACGAGCACUUGGAUUUGGGCAAGAACACCGUGCUCUAUUUGCACGGCUACUUGGAAGAUCCGGAUGUGGAGAGCAUUCACGUCAUAGCCGAGGCCUAUCUGGAGCGAAAGGAUACCAAUCUUAUCGUCCUAGACUGGGGUGAACUGGCCGAUGGCAAUUACAUGUUCGAUGCCUUCCCGAACCUCAAACAGCUGGGCCCAGAGUUGGCCAAGGUCCUGCUCAAAAUGUUCGACCAUGGCCUGGACAUUGAGAAGUUCCACAUUGUCGGACACUCGAUGGGCGGCCAGCUGGCCGGACUCCUCGGCCGAGAGAUUACUAAACGCACCAAGGGUGUCAGAAAGAUAAAAAGAAUUUCCGCUUUGGAUCCCGCAUUUCCGCUCUUCUAUCCGGGCACGCACCUGUCUGCCAAUGAUGCGGAGUUCGUCGACGUGAUACACACGGACGCCUGGCUGUACGGAGCUCCGACGAGCACGGGCACGGCGGAUUUCUGGCCAAAUGGUGGAUACAGCCUGCAGCCUGGCUGUCCCAAGCGAAACUACAAGAUGCUCAGCGACAACGAUCUGUCCAGUCAUCGGAGGAGCUGGUGGUUCUGGGCCGAGAGCGUUUCGGAUCGAUAUCCCAUUGGAUUCGAUGCUGUGCCCGCCAAGAAAUGGUCGGACUUCAAGCAGAACAAAAUAGUAGAGAAUUGCCCGCCCGUGGUGAUGGGUCAUCAUUGUCCCACGACAAUUCAUGGCGACUUUUACUUACAAACCAACGGACAUACACCUUUUGCUCGAGGCAAGGAGGGCACUGUCUACGUUGACCCCAAGGAUCUGCUGGGAAAUACCCACAGCAUCACCUGUGACUGCCCGUCGGAGAAAACGAAUUAAUAAGACCAUCUACAAUUGCACUGUGUACAUUAUGAAAUGUAGCUAUAUUAAUAUUGUUGUUUCUAUGACGCCUUACACCACAUUUUGAUUUACGAGAAAAAUAUACUUAAAUUUUGUUGUUG